GUUUAGGUUGUGGAAAGUCUGCAGAGAUCAGGAGAACGUGUCCCAGAAGGAAGGUUUGAGUUGAAUCCCAGCAGAUUCAGGGGAGAUGUUCUCUGAAGCUGGUUCUAACUAACCUGAGAACAGCCAGAUGCAUGUGGAGGAAGGCGGAGCGAGACCUGCAUCUGUUCUCAGGUUAGGUUCUAACUGCUGCAGCUUCAGACCUGAACAGGACCAGAAGGUCCUCAGUCCUGCAGCCAUAGAUUAUAACUAAUGAAAUAAUUCAGCUCUGUCCCAAAGAGGAAUAUUUUCCACUGGGUCAACUAUAAACCUGAAGGAAUAAUUCACCUGCUUCACCUUCAGGGACAUGAAACCAAGCAGAGGUUGGAUUAAAACAUGCGGCUGUAAUCAUUCAUGCAGUUAUGUAAAUAUUUUAAUCAACAACCGAGAUAGGGACGUUUUUCAUGGCAUUUUUCAUGCGCAGCUUCCUGGUCCCAUACAUCUGCCCCCCCCAUCAUAUAUAUAAGAAGCAGGAUGAAGGUUUGGUGGAUUUUCAUUCAGCUGAGGUCCCAUCGUGGCUUUCAGGGGAAAAUCUUCCUCUUCUGGUUCUUUACAACAUGAAGAUUUCAGCUCUGAUCAUCUUCUGCCUGCUGCAGGCUUCUGUGAACCCAACAUCUGCAGCAGCAUCAACUGAAACCACAUCAGCAAUCACCACCGACCCCACAUCAGCAAUCACCACCAACCCUACAUCAGCAAUCACCAGCGACCCCACAUCAGCAAUCACCACCCACCUCACAUCAGCAAUCACCACCAACCUCACAUCAGCAAUGACCACCAACCUCACAUCAGCAAUCACCACCGACCUCACAUCAGCAAUCACCACCGACCCCACAUCAGCAAUCACCACCAACCUCACAUCAGCAAUGACCACCAACCUCACAUCAGCAAUCACCACCGACCUCACAUCAGCAAUCACCACCAACCUCACAUCAGCAAUGACCACCAACCCCACAUCAGCAAUGACCACCAACCCCACAUCAGCAAUGACCACCAAUCUCACAUCAGCAAUGACCACCAACCUCACAUCAGCAAUGACCACCAACCUCACAUCAGCAAUCACCACCAACCCCACAUCAGCAAUCACCACCAACCNCACAUCAGCAAUCACCACCAACCCCACAUCAGCAAUCACCACCAACCCCACAUCAGCAAUCACCACCCACCUCACAUCAGCAAUCACCACCAACUCGACAGCUGCACCACCCAUGGACUUAACUACUGCAAACACCAGCAGCAGCGGCAGCAGCAACAGCGGCAGCAAUGCCCCGUGUGGACGUGGUGCCUUCAGAGCUCCUCUGCUCCUCUCUGCUGCUCCUCUUCUGCUCCACCUCUCCAUCCUCUGAGCCUCAAACCUUAAACUGAGGAAUUUUACGGCCAAAGGAAUCAUUUCCUGCAUCGACUGAACGCUGGAGGAGAAGGAGAAGCAGGAGGAGAUGCAGGAGGAGAUGCAGGAGGAGCAGGAGGAGAAGGAGGAGGAGCAGGAGGAGAAGGAGGAGGAGCAGGAGGAGAACAUGAGGAGAAGCAGGAGGAGCAGGGAUGGGAUUUAUCCUUUGAUCUAUGAUGAGGUUUUGAUUAAAUAGAUCUAGGUCCAUAUUCACAGAGAAUUCCCACAUUAAAGGUUUUAGUCAAUUUAAGGAAAACCUUUAAAUUUCUCGAUUUGUAAGAUUUUUCUUAAAUUCUUCCUCAGUAAAAUAAAUUGUUGCUUGUUGUUGGAAAAUUUUCAUUUCUCUUCUAUUAUAUAUUAAUAU